AUGUCCAGCUUUAAGAAUACUGAGAAGGGCGCGGCCGCGCAAGCAUCCGACGGCCACAGCGUCGACACAGACCGAGAACAAGGGUCAACGCAUUCAAUCGGCAGCACCUAUGUCCAUGGCCGUGACUCUCAGCGUUUGCAGCGCAAGCUAGGCGCAAAAGAAGUGCAGCUCUUUGCCCUCUCCGCUGCUAUUGGAACAUCCAUUUUCGUGACUAUUGGAACAGCUCUCCCCAAGGCUGGCCCAGCUGGCCUCUUCAUCGGCUUCUUGAUCUGGGGUGUUUGUGUGCUUUGCGUUAAUGAGUGUUAUGGUAGAGCUGCCCUCACUCCCGCGUUUCGCGUUUCAAGAAAUAUCUAA